ACUAUCUUAAUUUUCAUUCCUUCUAAUUUCUUCAAUAAUUUACUAUUAUAUAGAAAAUGAGGGGUAGUCAUUUAUUAAUGAGUAUAGCAAACAAAAAUCAUCCAAGGGCUCAACAAAGAGAAACUAAAGUGACAUUUAAGGCAUUAUUACCUCUUAAAUUAAGAGAUAGAGUCAGUGGAAAAGGUGACCUUCAUAAAGAAAAAGGUUGUCUUCAUGAAAUAACUCUUGCCAUGGCUUGUCUUGCAAAACAUAAUUAUGAAAACAUACCAUGCACAAAAGAAUUGAAUACUUUUAAUGAUUGUUAUAAUAAAUAUAUAACGAAAAAAAAUGCAUUAAAGGAAAAUCGAGAAAAGGGCAUUCUCACACCAAAUGCAAAAACAUUAAAUCACAAUGAAGUUAAUAUUCUUCUUAAAAGAUAUCCCACUCAAUAAUGAACCCUCGGAAAUUUGCUCUUUCAUGUGAGUUGAUGCCUUAUACAAGCUGCAGGAAAAUAUAAAAAAAUUAUUCAAUUUUAAUUGCAUUUUAAUAAUAAUUCAAUUUAUUAUUUAUAAAAAUAAACAAACUGUUUUAUUGUAGAUUCCGUUUCCGCUUGCCAAAUUUCAUGACUCAAAAAGAAACAAACAUGAGAAGUGUGAGUGUAAAAUUCAUUGUAUACUCCAAAAGCACGAUCGGUCAUUUUAUUAAUGCACUUUCUGAUGAAAAAUAAAAUUUAUAUAAAAUAUA